CUUUUUGUCUUUGGGCCAUUAUCACUUCAGCGGUCUCCUUAGGGCUUCCUCUUCUCCUUCUUCCUCCUGCGUGAUCCUUUGCCUCCGACCUCGGUCCUACACCGCAGCGACCAUGAAGACGAUCACGCUCAAGAGCUCGGACGGUGAGGUGUUCGAGGUCGACGAGGCGGUAGCCAUGGAGUCGCAGACCAUCAAGCACAUGAUCGAGGAUGACUGCGCCGAGAACGGCAUCCCGCUUCCCAACGUUACCUCCAAGAUCCUCGCCAAGGUGAUCGAGUACUGCAAGAAGCACGUCGAUGCUUCCGCCGCCGCCUCCUCCAAGUCCCCCGACGACGCCUCCAAGCUCGCCGACGACGAGCUCAAGUCCUGGGACGCCGAGUUUGUGAAGGUCGAUCAGGCCACCCUCUUCGAUCUCAUCCUGGCUGCAAAUUAUCUAAACAUAAAGGGCCUGCUGGAUUUGACUUGCCAGACUGUGGCCGACAUGAUCAAGGGCAAGACCCCAGAGGAGAUCCGCAAAACCUUCAACAUCAAGAACGACUUCACGCCUGAGGAAGAGGAAGAGGUUCGGAGGGAGAAUCAAUGGGCUUUCGAGUGAUGGCUUAUUGCAGUCCUUCAGACAUCUUAAUCUUCUUUUAUUCCCAUGUGGUGGUGGAUCUAUUAGGGUUAGUUUUGAACUUGGCUAAUAACCUUGUGGUUGAUGUCCGACUUUUAUGUGUUGUAUGUAAGAUUGGAAACCGAAUGAUCACCCAAAGACACUGGCUUUUCACUCUCGGCAA